AUGUCCAGUUGUGUACAGUAUACAACGGGACAGUUACAAACUUGUUCGCAGGUAUUUGCAUCAUCUACUGAAGAAAAUGACAAGGUGUUGUUAUGUCAAAUGUAUGAAACUUCAUCAUUAUUGGCUCAGCUUGGCACUUUUGUUUCUAAAGAUGUAGAGAAACUUUUGGCUAACGAAGGUGUGACAAUGGACGACGUUCAGGACAUCGAAAAAAGGAAGCAUGAAUAUCUGCGAUUCGGUAAGAGAAAACACGAGUAUUUGCGUUUCGGGAAGAGGAAGCAUGAAUACUUAAGAUUUGGUCGAAAGUAGCUGAGUCAUAGUUCCCAUUGCAUCCAUUAUUUUUCUGGAUUUCAUUUAUGUAUAUGUUGUAAAUCAUUGCAAUGUUUUCCAUAUAUGGCAUUUAUUUCCAAAAGUAGUUCAC